AUGAAGCUGUCCUGUGAUGUCUGCCGGUCCAGCCUUGUGACGGACGCUGAAUCUGCCUGUAAGGACCAGACCUACCACCCGCUGACUCUGAAGAACGAUGGAGGUCUGGUCAUUCCAUCUGAAGGCACAAUAAAAGUCAUCAGAGCUGCAGAGUGGGUCAAUCGCCAGUUAUCAGCAGAUUCCAGAAGAUCAUAG